UAAUAUCUGUCCAGAAUUAAUAAAUAUUUAAUAUCCAAUAAUAAAUACAUACAUAAUUAAAAAAAGAAUUAAUUUCGCGGUUUAAUAACUUAAAAUAUUUGACUGGAGAGGGAUACUGUGGCAGUGUUUCCAUACAGAAAUUACUAGCUAGUAACUUCCGCUAGGUAGCGCUGAUGUGAGAAGAAACUGUACGCUAACGAGUUUGCCAAUCUUAGAGAAAAGAUAUAUCCUGUGUGCUAGAGGAGACGCUCAGAUUUUAGAGAGUCCUAGAAAAGAGUAGUCACGUUUGAAAUCGGGUGUUGCAAUAUCAUUGUUAUAAUUAUUAACGUUAUUUUUAAUAAAUUUUUAUUAUCUUUUUUUUGUCAUGUGAUAGUGUAUAUAUAUUAUUAACCUCUGCUUAUGGGCGGCUAAUCAUAUUAUUUUGAGAAUACAAAGACACUAGAAAAGAGCGCUAUUUACGAACACGCGCAAGCCGCCAUAAUACCAUGUUCCGCUGCAUUCCAAUUUUUAAAGGAUGUAACAGGCAGGUGGAAUACAUUGACAAGCGUCAUUGCUCUCUGCCGUGCGUCCCCGAUGAUAUUUUACGAUACUCGAGAAGUUUGGAGGAGCUUCUACUGGACGCGAAUCAUAUUCGUGAUCUACCGAAGAAUUUUUUUCGGCUACAGAAAUUACGAAAACUCGGCUUGAGUGACAAUGAAAUUCACCGUUUGCCUCCAGAUAUUCAAAACUUCGAAAAUCUCGUGGAACUGGAUGUAUCCAGGAAUGAUAUACCAGACAUUCCUGAGAACAUCAAGAAUUUACGGGCACUUCAGGUGGCGGAUUUCAGUAGUAAUCCCAUUCCAAGGCUUCCAGCAGGGUUUGUGCAAUUAAGAAAUUUAACUGUUUUGGGGCUUAAUGAUAUGUCUCUUACGAAUUUACCGCCUGAUUUCGGAAGCUUAGAGGCGUUACAAUCAUUGGAAUUAAGGGAAAAUUUGCUCAAGUCCUUGCCAGAAUCGCUAUCCCAACUUUAUAAAUUGGAACGGCUGGAUCUUGGUGACAAUGACAUUGAAGUCUUACCAGCACAUAUAGGAGAAUUACCAGCAUUACAAGAAUUAUGGCUGGAUCAUAAUCAAUUACAACAUUUACCACCAGAAAUAGGAGAAUUGAAAACGUUAGUAUGCCUGGACGUAUCUGAAAAUCGCUUGGAAGAUCUUCCAGAAGAAAUAGGAGGUUUGGAAUCUUUGACGGAUCUGCAUUUAUCGCAAAAUGUUAUUGAAAAAUUACCCGAUGGGCUUGGAGAAUUAAAAAAACUUACUAUUCUCAAGGUCGAUCAAAAUAGGCUUUCUACUCUAAAUCCAAAUAUAGGCAGGUGUGAAAAUUUACAAGAAUUAAUUCUUACGGAAAAUUUUCUCUUAGAACUGCCUGUAUCUAUAGGAAAACUUCUUAAUUUAAAUAAUUUGAAUGUAGAUAGAAAUAGUUUGCAAUCACUUCCUACGGAAACGGGAAAUUUAAAACAAUUGGGUGUACUGUCCUUAAGAGAUAAUAAAUUACAAUAUCUUCCAAUCGAGGUUGGACAAUGCACUGCUCUUCAUGUAUUGGAUGUGUCUGGCAAUAGAUUACAAUACUUGCCAUAUUCCUUAAUUAAUUUGAACUUGAAGGCAGUAUGGUUAAGUAAAAAUCAAGCACAACCAAUGCUUACUUUUCAGACAGAUGUUGACGAAGAAACUGGACAGGAAGUAUUAACCUGUUUCCUUCUACCACAAUUAGAAAUUCAUCCAGAUGAUUCAGGAAGACUUGGUAUGCUUGCUGGAAUGAGAAAUGCUGUUCAAGAUGGUGAAAUACGUGAACUUGGUAGUAGUGAUGAUGAAGGAUGGCAAGAAAAAGAAGCAUCAAGAACGCAUUCUGUCAAGUUUACAGAUGAACCUCCAGAAACUGAUAAGGAGACACCUUUUGUACGACAAAAUACACCUCAUCCUAAAGAAUUGAAAGCAAAAGCUCAUAAAUUAUUUAGUAAAGGAAAAAAUGAUAGUCGUUCAACAUCUACAGAUGAGCAAGAUGUUUCUCAAACAUUUGGUUUGGACAAAACUGAAACUGAUAUUUCAACAAAACCUAACGAUUUGACAGCUGAUUUGAUAGAACAAGAAUCAUUAAAACAUGAAUCUGUAGAAAAUGAACAAAAGGAAAUUGUACCUGGAGUAAUAACUGAUAAUACAGAUGUCCAACCUAGUAAUGAACCAGAAAUAGUUUCUAAUCAAUAUAUAACAGAAUCUAAUACUGACAUAAGGACUGAAGGUUCAAUAUCUGAGUCAAAGGAUAGAAAUGAUAAGGAGGAUGAUGAAUCUGAAAAUGAAGAAACACAAAGACAUGUAGAAUUUUCUAUAGCUGAAGGUACAGAUUAUGAUGGUAGUGGUGAUUCAAAUAGACCAAAUAGACUUCAUCGUAGAGAUACUCCACAUCAUUUGAAAAACAAACGAAUUCACACAGCAGUGGAUAAAGAAAAAGUAGCAUCCAUUAUUGCACAAGCACUCAUGAAAAAAAAUGAUGAAAUUUCCACAUCCACGUCAGCACCUGUAGAAACUACAGAAAAUUUUGACGCUCAAAGUCAAGACGCGAUUUCAGAUACUGAGCCGACAAUAGAAGUACGAGAAGAACAAUACGAAAUUCACAUUGAAAGAACGACAGGUGGUCUCGGCUUAUCAAUAGCUGGUGGUAUUGGUUCAACCCCUUUUAAAGGCGACGAUGAAGGCAUUUUUAUUUCCAGAGUCACUGAAGGUGGACCUGCAGAUUUAGCAGGUUUAAAAGUGGAAGAUAAAGUAUUAUCUGUUAAUGGUGUAUCAGUAGUAAAUGUAGGUCAUUAUGAUGCUGUAGAAGUUUUGAAAGCUUGUGGACGAGUUCUUGUAUUAGUAGUUCAAAGAGAAGUUACAAGGAUAGUGCCUCCAUAUGAACAGCAGGUAUCAUCGAGAAAAAACUCAGUAUGCUCUAGUUUAAGUACUAGUAGAGCUCCAAGUGCGACAUCUCAUGUUUCAUCUAUAGGUUUUUCACAUAAUUUAGAAAAUGGUGAUGCUUUAUCUCAUGAUGCUAUUAAGUGUAAGAAAAUUCCUGAACCUAUAUCUUCAACAAAAGUAGGCAAUGAACCAAUGGUAUCGGUUCUUGUUCACACAACAUUAAUACGGGACCAAAAUGGGCUUGGAUUUAGUAUUGCUGGUGGAGAAGGUUCUCCACCAUUCAAAGACAAUAGUGAUGCGAUAUAUAUUUCAAGAAUAACAGAUGGCGGCGUAGCACAAAAAGAUGGUAAAUUAUUAAUUGGAGACAAAGUAAUAUCUAUUAAUGGAGUUGAGAUGAGAGGAGCUAAGCAUGAGCAAGCAGUUGCUUUAUUAACAGGUUUAGAAAGAUUUGUUCGAUUAGUAGUCGAACGCGAAAUACCAUUUUCUCAAGCAAAUGCAGCUACAGUCGUAACACCUUCAGAAAAAUCACCACGAGUGAUCGGUGCACCUAAACCAUAUACAGGAUUAUAUAAUGCCAAUAGUUAUAUAGCAAAUAAACCGGGAUAUACUGGAUAUAGGCGUUCUAUAGAUGCUGAUAGAACAUUAUCUCCAAGUCCUACUUCGAAAACGCCUCCACCUAUGAAAAUUGAAACUACUGAGUUACCGAAAAUGAAUGGUGUUACAGAAUCAGGAAAUAUUAAAAACAUUUCUUCGAUAUCACCAAGUCCAACAAAUAGCCAACUACAUCCACAACCUGCUCCUAGGCACAGCAUUUCGCAACCAACAAUUACACCUACAACUACUACGAGUUCAACGCCCACAUCUUCUACAGAACCUAGGUCAACCUCACCCCAGGAAGAUAUACAGGUACCCAAGCCUAUCACCAACGAAGAAUUUCAGGCUAUGAUUCCUGCUCAUUUCCUUCGUCCUCCUACUUCCUCGCCAUCGCCAGAUUCCCAUCAAGGCCCUAUUGUGACAGUGACAAUAAAACAGCCUGAUAAUCUACCUGGAGAUGUUAAUUUUCCUCCGGCUCCUACAACACUUGGUAAAGUUACUGAGACCAUCACAAAGAGCACUCUCACCGAGACCGUCGUAACUAGGGUGACUGAAAAUCAAUUGGUACCACCAGUAAUUAUUGAGGAUGUAAUUCUUGUAAAAGAAGGAUCUCUAGGAUUUAGUAUUAUUGGUGGAACGGAUCAUUCAUGCACUCCAUUUGGUGCAAAGGAACCUGGAAUUUUUAUAUCUCAUGUCGUGCCUGGUGGUAUAGCUGCAAAAUCUGGUAAAUUAAGAAUGGGGGAUAGGAUACUAAAGGUAAAUGGUACUGAUGUAACAAAAGCUACUCAUCAAGAGGCUGUGAUGGAACUUUUGCGACCAGGAGAUCAAAUAGUGCUUACUGUCCAACACGAUCCACUACCCGAAAAUUAUCAGCUGGUCGAAAUAGAGUACAUCCCUGUGACAGAAUUAGUUAUUACAAAAGAACCAGGUGAAAAACUGGGCAUGCACAUUAAAGGUGGACUUCGAGGACAAAAAGGUAAUCCACUUGAUCAUACAGAUGAAGGGGUUUUUAUAUCCAAAAUCAACUCAGGUGGUGCAGCUAAAAGAGAUGGAAGACUGAAAGUUGGAAUGAGACUAUUAGAAGUUAAUGGUACAUCAUUAUUAGGCGCAACUCACCAAGAAGCAGUAAAUAUAUUACGGUGUUCAGGAAAUACAAUUACGUUGGUGGUUUGUAAAGGAUAUGACAAGAGUGAAAUUGAACCAGUAUUACCAAUAUCUGAUGGAAGAGAUUCUAAGGAAUCUAGAACAUCCAAAGAAUUAAAGGAUACAACAGAAGGUACUAAAUCGUUAUCACAAAGUAUAUCCAGUCUAGAUCGCGAUGAUGAAGAAGCAGCAACUCUUAGACAAGAACAAGAAAUGAAAGCUGAACUUGUAGCAUGGGAACAAGAAGAAAGAGAACGUGCUUUGCUUGAGCAUAGAGAAAAAUCUACUCCUGAAAAAGUAUUAGAUGUAGUAAGAGCAGCUGAAUCAUUAGUAAGCAAAUCAAAUAGUCCGGUUGAUAUGGUCGUACCGCCAAAGUCACCAGGAGGUACGAAAGAUCUCAAAACAACUACUAUUGUGAUGAGCAAACAUACUCUAGCACCUCAAAAUACAAAUUCACUGAGGAAAGAGAGAACUGGAACAUCAGUGGACAAUCCAUCGCCCAAGUCUCCGGUCUCUACUCUAACUCCAUCGAUGAAUUUCGAUCACACUACUGCUGUCCAAAGCUUGCCCUCUCCAAAGAAAAAAAGUUCCAUACCAAAACGUAGUAUUACAUUUGCUGAUCUUCCUCCCAUUUCUAAAAAACAACCAAUUAAUUAUUCCAUUUCGGCGAAAGAAAAUCCAUCACCUUUGCAUGAUAGUAAAUUUACUUUCGAUCCUCAAAGUAUUUCUUAUAAAAAAGUUUAUCAAAAUCCUAUCCAAACUACUCAUUCUCGUUUCAAACUUCCUCCUACACCUUUAACUGCUCCUAAAUCUAUAGAAGAUUAUGGUACUUCAGUUUCUUUUGGUAAACGACAGAACGCACGCUCUGUUGAUGGGAAUAGUCAGGUUGAGCUUUCUCCAACAACAUCACCAACACCACCUCUAGUAAAGAUGUCAGUUAGUGAUAAAAAAAAAUUAUUUGAAAGUGCCAUGGAAGAACAUUUAAAGCCUUCUCCUAAACCAGAAAAAGUAUUCAGUUUUCUAAGUCAGGAUGAAGUUGAGAAAAUGAAACAGGAAGAAGAAAAGAAAAUUGCUACUCUAACGCGAGAUGAAUUAAAAUCGUGGGCACAACUUGAUGAAAAUGAAGGUUUGGAAGAUUUAGAAGAAACAUUAGAAGAUCAGGAUAAUCGGCGGCCUAAUAGCCGACUGAGUUCGCGAACUUCGAUCCCUCUUCUGCAAAAUCUUCCAAGCAGUGUAAGGACAGCAAAAGCAGAACGCCGCUUGAAAGAAAGACUAAUACAGGAGGGUAUAAUUUCGGAUGAAGAUGAAGAAAGUCAUUUAAGUCCUGCCGAACAGAGAGCAUUAAGAGCCGAAAAACGUGCGGCAUGGAGACAAGCACGUUUGAAAUCUCUGGAACAAGAUGCUCUUCAAGCACAGAUAGUAAUUAAAAAAAUGAGUGAAAUGAUGGACACGAAUAAAUCAAGUUUAAUGCAGGAUUCUACAGAUAUUCCUAUUACUCCUGUUUCUGAAUCGGAAAAGACAACUGAUUUCACUACGUUACGGCCGUCUAGUGCAGAUUUUCCCAAACUUGCUGUACGUAGCAAAGUGGGUCCCCCUAAAGAGAUACGCGAAUCCGAGAAAGUAGUGGACGAGAAGGUCACUCGACGUACUGAGGAAUAUGUGGAUGAGGUGACGGGUGAACGACGUGUGCGAACAGUCGAAUACGUCGAGAAACUCAUUGAACGACAGGUUGAAACUCUACGAGAAAAGAUUAUAUCAUUGGAAUUAAGUAAUGCAGAAGAUGAAAUAGAAAGUAUUACCGGUACAGGAGCAAGUGAUGCUGAAAGCGAAAGCGAAGAAAUUACUGUACAGCCUUCUAUUAUGACUACUUUACAAGAAAGAAAUGAAACAAUUAUAUCUACAAGUGCCACUGAAGGUGCCGCACCUAAAAUAAGUGCAAAUACUGUUCUUGUUACAAAAAAAAAGAACGAAAACGUUCGAAGAAAGGUCGUCAUUGAUCUUAAAUAAAAAUUUUGGUGCAAGAAAAAAGACAUUAAUUUAAAAAAAUUGUGAAUUUUUUUUGUUAUAUAAUUGUGAAAGUGUGUUCUAAUAUUGUUCUACUUUUUACAUUUCAGAAUUCGAAUUUUUAUU